AUGAAUAAAAAAGUGGGAUUCAAGAAGACAAACAUCCCUUUUAACAAUUAUGAACUUUUUCUCACUGUUCUAUUUAUAAUCUCCCUAUGUAUUUGUACUGUUUUAUUAACAUUUCUAUGGUUGUUCAACAAGACAACUGAACAAGGACCAAAAGACCAUGAAGCAAAGGGAAUAUUUACAAUAAAAUCAGGAGCAUUGUUCACCCCUGCUUUGCAAAAUAAAUCAUCAGUAGACUUCAAAGUUCUUGCCUUUGAUGUUCAGCAAAUGAUAGAUGAUAUGUUACAUGGAAGUGAACUUCAAAAUGAUUAUAAGGGAAGUAAAGUUAUACAGUUCAGAAAUGGUAGUGUAAUUGUACUCUUCAAACUUUUCUUUGUACGGUGGGUGUCUGAAGUAAAGAUAAAGAAUGUGUUGGUCUAUGGCAUCAAAGAGAAUAAAAGUGAACUCUUACAGACUUUUAACAUUGAUGUGAACAGUAUAGAAAUAACAGAUUUGGGAAUAUUUACUUCAAGCAGUCCUUUGACAACAUCCGAUUUGGAAAUAUUUAGUACAAGCAGUCCUUCAACAACUUCUGGUAAAUGUUUGCCUUCAGAUGAUCUUUGCGCUGAUGAUGAAAGCUGCAUCAGAAAGGAAUUAUUUUGUGAUGGAAUACCACACUGCCCAGAUGGCUCAGAUGAAAACAGAUGUGCUACACCUUGUGAUGGAAAAUUCAUUCUAGAUGGCUUGUCUGGAUCUUUCCAUUUUAUUCAUUAUCCAGAACCCUAUAGCUCAAAUCUUUUUUGUCGAUGGAUAAUAAAUAUGGAGAAGCACCUAUCUAUCAAAAUUAACUUCACUGCUUUUAAGACACGAGAGUUUGUGGAUAUUCUAAGUAUUUAUGAAGGCAUAGGUCCAACGAAGAUAUUAAGAGCUCACAUCUCAGGUUCAAAUCCUGUAACAGUUUAUAUUUUUUCUGAUAAAGCCACUGUAGAAUUUGUCACAGAUUUACAUGAGAACCUUAAUGGUUUUAAUGCAACCUACGCUGCAUUCAAUACAAGUGAGCUAACCGACAAUGAAAAAAUCAACUGCACUUUUGAAGAUGGAUUUUGUUACUGGAUUCAACAUAUAAAGGGAAUGAAUGAAUGGGAGAGAGCUAACGGCUCUUUUUUUCCUCCUACAUCUGGUCCAGAUUUUGAUCAUACCUUUGGCAAUUUAUCAGGCUACUACAUUUCAACACCAAUAAUUCGGUUAAACUGGCCAUUGAGAGCUCAAAUAUUUAGCUUACCCCUAAACCCUAUUUCAGAUGCAUACUGCCUAAAUUUCUGGUAUCAUAUGUAUGGUAUUAAUGUGUACCAUCUAAAUAUUAAAAUUAUAUAUGAUGAUAGCAGUGAAAAGAUCAUCUUCCAGAAAGAAGGAAAUUAUGGAAACAAUUGGAAUUAUGGACAAAUAACAUUAAAUGAAACAUCUAAAUUUAAAGUUGCUUUUGAAGCCUUUAAAAGACCAGGUUGGCAUGAUAUUGCCAUUGAUGAUAUAGGGCUUUUAAAUGGAGCCUGUGCUGAAAGCAUGUAUCCAGAACCCACUUUGGUCCCUACAACUCCUACAACACUUCUGCUACCAACUGAUUGUGGAGGUCCAUAUGAUUUGUGGGAACCAAACACUACAUUUACUUCAAUGAACUACCCAAACAACUACCCCAAUAAAGCAUCUUGUGUAUGGUAUUUGAAUGCAGAAAAAGGAAAAAACAUUCAACUUCAUUUCCAGUAUUUCAAUUUAGAGGAUAUUUAUGAUGUCGUAGAAGUCAGAGAUGGUAGAGGAACUGAGUCUUUAUUUUUAGCUGUAUAUACUGGAAAAUCCCCAUUGCCAGAUAUAUUCUCUACAACUCACCAAAUGACUGUGCUCUUCUUUUCGGACAAAUCUGCAACCAGAAAAGGAUUUGUAGCAAAUUUUACUACAGGUUAUCGUCUUGGCAUGCCAGCUUCAUGCGGACUGAAUUAUUAUCAGUGUGGAAGUGGAGAAUGUAUACCCCAGGUUCAGAUUUGUGAUCAAUUCCAGCAUUGUAAAGAUAAUUCUGAUGAAGCAGAUUGUGUGCACUUGAUCAAUGGUUCUCUCAGCUCCAAUGGGUUAGUCCAAUUCAAAAUUGAGACACAAUGGUUUACAGUUUGUGCUAAUGAGUGGACAGAAGAAUCAUCAACCAGUAUCUGCAAUCUGUUAAAACUAGGAAGUGGGAACAAGUCAUCUCCUGUCUUGUUUACUGGGGCAGGUCCAUUUGUCGAAGUUAAAAAAACAACUAACAGCAACUUCAUAUUAACACCAAGGGUAAAGUGUUUGAAUAAUCUGGUGAUUCAUUUGCAAUGCAGUGGUAAAUCUUGUGGGAAAAGAAUGAUUACCCAGAAAUCUCAACCAAGAAUUGUUGGUGGUUCCGAUGCUCAAGAAGGUGCUUGGCCUUGGAUAGUCUCACUGUAUUUCAAUUACAAUCCAACCUGUGGAGCUUCUCUUAUCAACCAUGAAUGGCUAAUCUCAGCUGCACAUUGUGUAUAUGGGAGGAAUUUAAAACCAUCUCGGUGGAAAGCAUUUCUUGGGCUGCACACAAAUCUCAAUCUAUCAUAUCCUCAAACAGUGAGCCGAGAGAUUGAUCAGAUUAUCAUCAAUCCUCACUAUAAUAAGCGAACAAAAGACAGUGACAUCGCUUUGAUACAUCUCCAAUUUAGAGUAAAUUACACAGAUUAUAUUCAGCCCAUUUGCUUCCCAGAAAAAAAUAAACAAUUUUUGCCAGGCACUAAAUGCUCUAUUGCUGGUUGGGGAAAAACCACACAAGAAGCAAAUUCAAUCUCAAGUAUAUUGCAAGAAGCAGAAGUCCCUCUUAUAACACAUCAGAAAUGCAAGGAGCUGAUGCCAGAGUACAAUAUUACUGAAAACAUGAUAUGUGCUGGAUAUGAUAAAGGUGGAAUUGAUGCUUGUAAGGGAGAUUCUGGUGGGCCUCUGAUGUGCCAAGAGAAUAAAAAGUGGUUUCUAGUUGGUGUAACAUCCUUUGGCUAUAAGUGUGCACUUCCAAAUCGCCCUGGAAUUUAUGUAAAUGUUUUCAAAUUUGUUGACUGGAUAAAACGUACCAUUAAUUAUUAG